AUGCUUGUAAUCCUACGCGACGGCAGGAAGCUUCAUGGUGUCCUGCGUUCCUAUGAUCAGUUUGCCAAUCUUGUACUCGAGGACACCGUCGAACGUAUAUAUCAUGGAAACGCAUUUGCAGAGAGCUGGCAUGGUCUCUUCCUUAUCCGAGGAGAGAAUGUUGUGCUGCUCGGCGAAAUUGAUCUGGAUAAAGAAGAAGAAGUCCCUCUCAAGCAGGUUGAAUAUAAUCUGCUGGCGGCAUUUCACAAACAAGACGCCGAGUCCAAAAAGGAACGCGAAGAGAUCAAAUCCCAGAUCUUGUACGAGCAGAAAGGAUUCUGCAAAGAAGGGGGCGAAGGCGACGGAUACUGA